UGGCUUUGCAUGUCCAUACAACGUCAACAUCAUGUCGUGCGUAUGAGCGUUCGAAAGCGGCAUCAUGCGAUUGCAGUGCCUUCGUGGAGCCGGAUUUAUCUCGUUUAUUAGUUUACAUAUGGGCGGUGUGCCGUCAUGAACAUAAAGCCCGCAGAUGGUGAGAACACACUCAAAGGCCAACGGCUCGUCCGCGGAAAGGAAGUCACACUACACAACGCGGACGUCCACAGAAAGGCUGCUUCAGGAGGAAAGAGCCGAACAUGCGAACAGGACUUCAUCGAAAUACCCCGAAAGCAAUCCAGACUUUGCAACAAUUCGUGUUGUCAGUAGGGCAGUCCUAUAUGUCCUAAAAAAAUGUUGGAUGAUAUGUGGAUUCUCCUCCGUGAUGAUCUGUCUCGUCUACACCUACUGCAGUCCAGUGUUUGCUGUGCUAAUGCUUCUCUUGUCAAUGGCAGGUCUGGUAUAUCAGCUUGGCGACCUCCUGCUCUUCCAUCCAAAUCAGCCACCGCAUUCACGCCUCUAUGUGCCUUCUCCAACUAUGCUGGGCCUUCCCACAGAAAACCUGCGCCUCAAGGCGCACGACGGGGUGUCCCUUCACGCGUUCUUCAUAAAACAGGAACCUCCGUUAUUCAGCCAAGCAAUCACUUUGCUUUAUUUCCAUGGCAAUGCAGGCAACAUUGGUCACAGGUUGCUAAACGUUGAAGGACUGUUCCACAACUGCGGAUGCAAUAUCUUGCUGCUGGAAUACAGGGGAUAUGGGCGCAGUGAGGGCUCCCCUAGUGAAGAAGGGUUAUAUCUAGAUGCUGAGGCAGGGCUGCACUACCUGCUACAGCACCCUGGCAUUGACCACUCUCUCAUAAUUUUGUUUGGACGGUCACUCGGAGGAGCCGUAGCCCUGGACCUGGCUUCUCGGCCCGAGCACGGGAGCCGCCUGUUUGGUGUGGUUGUUGAGAAUACUUUUACAUCCAUUCCUGAUAUGGCACGUGCGCUGCUUCGCUGGAAGGUAUUGCAGUGGCUACCAGAAUUCUGCUAUAAAAAUCAGUUUCAGUCCAUCCAAAAAGUACCAAAGAUGAAAACCCCAACAUUAUUCGUCAGUGGCCUGUCAGAUGCACUGACACCGCCUUCCAUGAUGCAGAGGCUAUAUAAGGAUUGUAGCAGUGCUGUCAAGCGCAUGGUGACGUUCGAAUCUGGAACCCAUAAUGAGACAUGGCAGUGCAAAGGUUACUACAACAGCCUAAACAUGUUCUUUCAUGAUUUAGUGCACAGACGUUUUCGUGACAAGGAGGGACCCACCUGGCCGGUCGAGCAUGCCUGCAUUCGCAUCCCACCGGAGACCAUAUGAGUCAUUUCAUCACAUUGUUCAGCUCUUGCCACACACCUAAAUAGUGAGCACAAGCACACAAAAUUAAAAAGGUGCCACAUCCACGAGCGUGGGUAUCUUAUUAAUUUCAACAGAGUUACCACAGACCUGUAAAUUAAAAAGCUUCAAAACCAAACAAGGCUGUGCUUUGUGUAUAAAGUUGUACAUUAAAAUGUGCGAUUUAGCUGCUUCUCUGUCUGUUGGUGCUGCUGUGACUGUAGACGGACAUCCACCGGAAUCAAUCACACAAACCGCUGUCAAUAUUCACAUUCUUUACUUAAUAAAUAAUGAAAAUCA